GGAAGGAUCACCUCAACAGAAGGAAAAAAACUUUCGCUGCCAGUCCUCGAAACAUAAAGAACGACAGCGAACGACAACGAACGACAGAGAAGUUUAGGAUGGCUGAUAAAGUUAGAGAGCAGCAAGUUUAUAACCAGUUGAAGAGUCGUCAUAUUGGUCUUGGAGAUGAGACAACAACAAAACAUGAGUGGAUGACAAACGUGCAUAGAGACUCCUACGCCUCUGCUGUUGGACAUCCAUCUAUGCUUACGUAUCUCUCUAUUGCGCAUGAUACGCCAAAAGCCGUACUAAGGACACAGCUGAUUGAAAAGAUGGCCAAUCCGUGUGGAUCAAAAUCCAACGAAACCCACAAUGAAUGAAAUUACAAGGUAGACAAAAGUCAUUGUGAAAUGGUUAGAACGUAUUUCUUAAGCUUUGUGUUAUUAUAGGUAUAAGUUGGGUGUGUUUUCAACCACAUCCUCAGUUGUUGAUCAAUGGAGCAUUCUCAGUAGAUGACCCAUUAUCAGAAGUGAGAUUGGCACUG